AGGGGGCGUGGCCAUGGACCUACCUACUCAACGUCAUCAUAGUUUGGUCUCAUGUUUACGUGGAAAACAUGGCGGCGGAAUACCAACAAGGAGACUGCACUUAUUAAACGCGACUUGCAGCGAGCAGGAGACGCAAAUACAACCGUUAGUUUUGAGAUUUUCCUGGCCGAUAUUUUGCAUGAAGCAGCUUCCCUCUUGUUUCAGCCACAGGAAUCCCAGCCAUGGAGGACGAGGAGAGGCAAAAGAAGCUGGAGGCCGGCAAAGCAAAGUUGGCUGAAUAUCGGCAGAGAAAAGCUCACGCAGACUCCCAAAAGAAACAGAAAAAGAAGAAGAAAAAGAAGCCGGGAGAGGACUCUGAGGGGGAUUCACAGGGAGGGGGGGAGGUGGAGCCCAAUCCGUCUGUGGGGAGAGACGAGGUCUCAGGUGGAGGACAAGAUGGAUCAGGAGGAAAAAAAGAUCCACCCACCACAGAGUUUACCUUUGCCAGGACACUGCGGAGCGGAGACACCAUCAAACAUGACCAGACGUACACCAUAGAGCCGGAGAGUGAAAUGUCCACUACUGCUGAAGAUUACUCAUCAGAGGUAAAUGGGUGCCAUGAUGAGAUGACAGAGAACAUAAUGAUGCAUUCGGAGGAAUUUAUCUGGGAGGAGGCGGAGUCCCUGCCACAGGUAACCAAAGGAGGAAGGAUGGAGGACGCUCUAGCCGCCAAGACCCAGGCAGUAGAGGAGCUGAGUCGAGAGCUGGAAGAAAUCAGAGCUGUCUUUGGCACAGAGGGAGUCCACCAGCUGCAGGAUUUUGAGGCUGCUCUGAAGCAGCGAGAUGGCAUCAUCACCCAGCUCACGACUAAUCUUCAGCAGGCUCGUGAUGAAAAAGAUGAAAUCAUGAAAGAAUUCCUGGAACUUACAGAACAAAGCCAAAAACUCCAUAUUCAGUUCCAGCAGCUGCAGGCGGGCGAGACGCUGAGGAACACCAGCCACAGCAGCACAGCCGCUGAUCUUCUGCAGGCCAGGCAGCAGCUCCUCCAGUACCAGCCGCAGCUGGAAGAGCUCCAGCUCCAGCUCAGUCAGAUGGAAGUGUCACAGCGCCGGUCAGAAGAAUCAUUCACACAGAGGAUUAACGAAAAGGACCUGCUAAUUGCUGAACAAGAAAAGCAUAUAUUGAGCCAGAAGCAGUUGUUGACAGAGCUGAGGACGAUGGAGCAGUCUUUUGCACAAUCACUGAAAGAUAAAAAUCACUUUAUUACGGAGCAAACCGCAAUAAUCACAGAACACGAGCUGUCGCUCACCCUGCUCAGAGAGGAACUUGCUCAUGUGGGGCGGACUACUGAUGAGAAUAUUAUAAACCCAUCUGAUGAGAAAGACUUGAUUAUAGCAGAGCAAGAGAGAGUCAUUUCAGAACGUGACUGCUCUCUCACCCAGCUGGAGGAUGAGCUGGAGGCUGCUGAAAAAGGCUUGCGUGACCUCCAACGCCAAAUGGCUGCUAAGGAGUCGGAGCUUGAAAGCUGCAUGGAGGAUUUGGAGAGUAAAAAGUCUGACUUAGAAAGCUGUAAAAGUGAAAUAGAGAGUUUUACAUUGGCACUGGAGAAAGAGCGAGCAGAGUUAGAAAGCUGUAAGGGGGAACUUUCCGCCUCACGACAGAAAGAGCGGAUGUCCUCCAAUGAAAUCAUGCAGCUCAUGGGUACCGUGGAGGACCUGCAGAAGCGUUGCCAUCAGGACAGCCUGUCUGAGGGUGACACUAUCCAGCAGAUGCAGGAAGAGACCUUGAGGAGGCUCGAACUUCUCAGGGCAGAGCUGGAUGAGAUGUACGGCCAGCAAAUCGUCCAGAUGAAACAGGAGGUUAAUUUGCAACACGCAGCGAAAGUGGAGCAGAUGGCCGAGCAACAUCGCGCAGAGCUCAAGGUUCUGAAAGCACAGCAACUGUCUCAAAGCUCCACGGUUAGUGUUGAGGUGGACACACUCAAUGCAAAGAUUAGGGAACUUCAAGAGACAUUAGAGAAGUCCCAAGCCAUGCAGCAUCAAGCCAGACAGGAGCUUAGCCAACUUGCCCAAGAGAAGUUUGACCUGCAGGCCAAGGUUGAGGAUCUCCUCGAAGAUCUCCGUUCUGCUAAAGAGAAAGUGGAGCAGGUCUCCCACGGCCUCGUCUCUCAGGAAAACCAACAGGGUGAACUGAGGCGCCUCCAAGAGGCCACUGACAGUCUAAAGAGCGAGCUUGCUGCAGCUCAGAAGGCGGCACAAGAAGCGGAGGUGCAACACGACUCUGAAACCACCAACUACAAGAUCAAGCUGGAGAUGCUAGAGAGGGAGAAAGAUGCCGUGCUCGACCGCAUGGCGCAGUCACAGGAAGCAGAGCUGGACCGACUGAGGACUCAGCUUCUGUUCAGUCACGAGGAAGAGCUCACUCUCCUCAGGGAAGAACUGCAAAGGGAGAGCUUCCUAAACACAGAGAACCUCCUGAAUGAAGCCGCUAUCAAACACGAGAAGGCGUCUGAGACGUUGCGUAAGGGUUAUGAGGAUGAGCUGCAUUUGUUACGAAGAGAAAAGGCAGAGUUUGCCACCGAGAGAGAUGAGCUUUUUCACCAAAUCGUUGGACUCAAGGAAGAUCUAAAGCUGGCUUUGCACAGCUCCAAAGCAGAUGAGCUUGUCCAGCAGCUUCAGGAGCUUCAGGUAGAGCUCGAGGAACUGAGAAAGGGAGGAGGGGAAAAAGCUCGAAUGGAAAGGGAAAUUCAGUCGUUGCAUAAAAAGACUGAGAUGCUUGACAGCCAGACUAAAGAGAGAGAACAAUGUUGGGAGAGCAAAUGGAAACAGCACCAAUUGGAAAAAGAGGCAUUGAUAGAAUCUAAUAAGACUUUGAAAGACGAGUUGAAUUCAAAAGUUCUGAAAAUCGAGGCACUCGUAGCAGAGAACAAUCAAAUACAACAACGUGUAGUCAGGCUCGGUGAGGAAAUCGAAACGCAGAGGAGCACUUUCUCCUUUGCGGAGAAGAAUUUUGAGGUAAACUACCAGGAGCUGAAGGAAGAGUACACAUGUCUUAUUGAAGCAAAGACGCAGUUAGAGGAAAGGACACUGAAGGAGACACUCGAGUUUGAGGUGAAAAUUGCCAGCCUUCAGUCACAGGUUCGGGCGCUGGAGGAGAGCGGCGGAGAUCUCAAAAUGGAGGACGUGAGUACAGAUGGACGGGAACCAGCAGUGAUCGAAAAAGAUACCACCGAGCUAAUGGAGAAGCUGAAUGUCUCGUUGAGCGAGAAGGAACGCCUGGCCGAGAGGCUCUCCGAGGCUACAGAGCGCCUGAUGUUCACGGAGAGCAAAGUUGGACGGCUGGAAGAAGAGUUGACGAGAGUGAGACAAGCCAACGUGGAGGUCACCCCGCAAAGUGAAAGCCCGGGGAAAGAACCGCAGGAGAAGCAGGAGACUAUUAGGGAGAAGACAUUUGUGCAGGACACCCAUACAAAAGCCAAGUCCCAGCCAGAAGAGCGAGCCGACAAACCGGUUUGCUCCUCUGACGGCCAUCGCCUUCAGAUUCAAUCCUUGCAGGAGGAGAUAAAGUCUCUUCAGUGCCUCUUACGGGCAGCCGAGUCCGAGAGAGACGCCACCCGGCAGACCUCGGAGCUGCACAGGCUUCCUCCGCAGACUCCGUCUCCAGCAGCCGUGGGGGAGGGACCUGUUGACGGACGAUCGUCCCCCCACAAGCCCACAGCACCGGGGUCAAGUAGGCACAGGAGACGGCGGAGGUCAAAGCAGGAGCGCAAACUGGGAAGUGCCUUUGCAGACUGCAGAGAGGAAAAACAAAGGGAGGAGGCAGAGGAGGCGGUGGGGGAGGAAGAGAGAGCAACAAGUGCUGCAGAACCGGAGAUGCAGCCGCAGAUGGAGAGGCAGGUUAUGUCACGUUCACAGGAAAGGGCCAGUGAGGAGGACUCCACUGACGGACAACAGGGGGACGGAGACUUCGUCCACAGACAGGUGAGCAGCCAUGGGACGGACCAUCGCACCGAGCCCGUUGUGUGCCAGCGAGCUGAGGGAGAGACCUCUGAGCAUGGUGAGUGCAGGUUGCAGUUCGAGGCCCAACGCAUCAGCCUGUCUCAGAUGCACGCCGCCCAACUCGAGUUGCUGCAGGAGGGUUCAGACGCCCGCACUCACACCCUUGAGCUAAAGCUGCAGAGCUGGAAAGAUCGCGAUGAUCCAAAAACUUUCAAACGCCACCACUUGUUACAGGCUGUGUCAGAAGAAUGCAACGAGAUCAUUCAGUGUUUUCAAAGGAUGUUUGGUAAACAGCUUUUGGAGAGUGUUUCUGCAGAGGACCAGCCGCCCCCUUCAGUAGAAGGACCCGACACUACUGAAUCCAGCUCCAUCAUACUGGAGGCCAGGGAGCUCUGCAGAGAUCUGCAGCAGGCGAGGGAGAGGAUUGAAAAUGAACAUCAUCGACUGUCGCAGCUCCAGGCCCAGCUGAGAGCUGAUGGGAACAAGAUGAUGCAGCUGCAGUCGGCAUACGACGAUCUGAAGAGCAGCAGUGAGAAGCAGAUCUCUGACCUGCAUGUGCAAGUUUCUAGCUCAAGUCCCUCUACAAGUAAAGAUCAAGAACAGCGGCCUGGUGCACCAACUAUCUCCCUCCCCGAGGAAAUACAGCGGCUUAAGGUGGAGGAGCAGGAGAAGCAGCUCCAGCUGGAAGAGAGUCACAGACAAGAGAUGGAGCGUCUCCGAGCUCACUACCAGCAGCAGGCCACGGAGAGCGAGGAGCGCUACGCCACCGAGCUCUUCAUGCUGCAGCGGCGGUUGCAGGAGGUGGCAGGUGCUCAGACCCACGACAGCGCGCCAGAGUCCAGCUCUGAGGGGAUGGAGGAGUACGAAGAGGAACUAAAGGCGCUGGGUGCGGAGGAGCUGUCAGAGGGGGGGGUGGAGGUGCGCUGGCCCGUCAGGUCCGCGGGUCUGACUGCACAGCUGCAGGCGCUGAGGAAAGCCCUCUUCCACAAGUAUGUCCAAGAAGUAGCUGCCCUCAAAGAGCAGCACAAGCGCGAGCUGAGGCAACUGACGGAGGAAAAGGAGCAGGGGAGGAGAACAGCGGAGCGGCAGGAGGGAAGGGGAGCGAGAGGGGAGGAUCCCAACCGCAUUAAUGGGACAACAAGCAACGGCUCCAGCCUCGGGGCGGCUGGGCCGAUCGGGCUGGAAGACACUCAACACUGGGAGAGAGUGCAGGAGGAAGUUGCCAAGGCCAUAGUUCAGAUGUCCGUGGAGUUUGCACAGCAGGUUGAGCUGGCUCGAAUCAACAAGAGUGCCUGCCAGAGGAGCGCUGCCAUGCAGACCCGCUCAGAUAAAGAGGAGGUGGAGGAGAGGGAGGUCGUGGAGCGGAUGAAUCUCAGAGCUCCGCUUCCCUUGGGCGCCCAGCUGGAGGAGGUGGAGAAGGAGAGACUAAAGAGUGAGCUGGAGAAGAGGAACGCCGAGAUUAGAAAGUUAAAAGAGGAGCUUCAGAAAAACCAAUCUAGAGCCGAGCAGGCCCUAAAGAGGAGAGAAGAUGGUCAGGGAGAAUUGGAAGAGGAGGAAGAUCGAGGCGGGCGGAUUCUGGAGCAGACUGGUGGAGGCAAACCGUCAUCAGAGGCUGAUGGAGUUUCCUCCGAUACGGACGUUGAAAGAGAUGUUUUGCGUAACGCCAACAAGAAACUCAGCCAAGUGCUGGUCGACGUCCUGAAGACAACAGCAGCAGCAGAGGAAACAAUGGGCCUCCACAUGCAAAGUCUGCGUGACGCUUUCAGUGGAGCACAGCAGGCUGCACCGGCCGAAUUCACCACGCCGACAGCUUCCCGGCCAAGACCUACCACCAGACCCGCCGGACCUCAUGCUGCAGGUCUCCCUGCAGAAAGCUGUCAGGGCAGUAAGAUACCGGCAGACCCUGUGAGUCUGUGGUCUGGGGGGACUGAUCAGCAGAUGAUGGAGAAGCUGCUGCUAUGUAACAAGGAAUAUCUGAUGGGAAUCAGCAGCCGGCUCCAAAUGGCUCUGGAGAAGAUGUUGAUGGCCAUCACAGACACCACAAACCAGCUGGAACAUGCCCGCCUGACCCAGACCGAGCUCAUGCGGGAGUCCUUCCGCCACAACCAGGAGAUGAGCGAGCUGCUGCAGAAGCAGGAGGAGCUGCAGGAGCGGUUGUCAGAGGAGGCCCGCGUACGUGAGCAGCUGGCUCUGGAACUUCACCACGCCGAGGGUCUAAUUGAUGGCUACACGGGUGAACGAGCCGGAUUGGAGGAGCAGUUGCGUCAGAAAGAAGAGCUCCAGCUGAGCCUCGAGCAAGAGCUGCAGGUGACAGGUAGCCGUCUGCACGAGUUGGAGCAGGAGAGGCUUCAAAUGCAGGACGAGCGGGAUCUGCUGUCACGGCAACAAGAUGCCAUGAGGGAGCACGCCGGGCCCCGUGAGCUUCGCCUAGUUGAAGCUGCAAUGGUUGCAGCACCUGAAGCAGACCUCCUGGAGGAAACGGAGAAGCUGAUGAAAGAGAAGGUGGAUGUCCAGCGUCAGGCGGAGAAGGAGAACGCCGACCUCCUGAAGCAGGUGAAGCUGCUGGAGGCGGAUCUGGAGGAGCAGGUCAACCGGGUGAUCGAGCUGGAGAACGCUCAGAGCACAGAGAACGGAGACCUCCGUCAGCAGGUCCAAGCUCUGGAGAAGCAGCUGGACAAGAACCGGAGGUUCCUCGACGAGCAAGCUGUGGACCGAGAACACGAGAGAGACGUCUUCCAGCAGGAGAUCCAGAAACUGGAAGAACAGCUGAAGAAUCCUCAGAAGCUUCAGGCCGGCUCAGAGCAGAGGAACAAAGAGGUGGACCAGCUGACCUCGCAGCUGAAGGAGAAGGCGGAUUGGUGCAGUGAGCUGCUGCUCAGCUCUGAGCAGCAGCGUCGUGAGGUGGGAGAGCGCGACGAAGAGAUUGACAAGCUGGAGAGCCGCAUCCGCGAGCUGGAGCAGGCCCUGCUGGCCAGCGCUGACUCCCUGGAGAACAAGCAGCAUGCAUCGAUCACAGAGGCCAAACACGCCACACUGGAGGCCCAAUUGCAAACGGAGAGAGAAGCUCUGGAGCGGAAAGAGAAAGAGAUCUGUAACCUGGAAGAGCAGCUGGAGCAGUUCAGAGAGGAGCUGGAAAACAAGGGCGAGGAGGUGCAGCAGCUCCACAUGCAGCUGGAGAUCCAGAGGAAGGAGAUCAGCAGCCAGCUGCAGUAUCUAGAAACAAAGGAUAGCAUGCUUCAGGUGAUGGAGGAGAAGGACAGGGAAAUAGCCCUUCUUAAUGAACAGAUCACUAAGCUCCAACACACGGGAACAUCCUCUGAUAACAAGGAAAUUGAUGAGAGGGGUGAGCUGAUUAAAGACUUCGAGUCCCAGGUGGAGUGCCUGCGCAGUGAACAAGAGCGGUUGAAGAGGAAUUACGAGGAGGAGCUGGACCAACUGAAUGCCGUCAUCGACAGACUUCAGCAGGAGCUGGCCAAUAUCGAGCAAAAGGCGGCCACGGAAGAGGACGAGGACGCCAAGGAAGAGUGCGCCGAAGGGGGGCCAAGUAAAGGGGAAUUUGAUGAAAUAAAGCAGAGAAUGGACAUGGCCAACGGAGAGAUCAAUACUCUCAAGACGAAGCACACCGCGCUGUUGGAGACAUACCUGCGCCUGAAGGAGAGUGCCGAAGCUUUAGCUGAAUCAGAAAAAACGGAAAGCGCAGAGAGCGAACUCGAAGACGCCCUCAGAGAGAGAACUGCAGGCCUGGUGGUCAUGCAGGCUCAAGUUCAAGCCUUAGAGCAGAGCGCAACAUCCAGAGUGGAAGAGUUGGACCUCCGCAUCCGGCAGCUGGAGGUCGAGGUCGGUGAAAAGGACAGCGAGUUGAGCCGCUGUCUCCUCCUCCUGGAGCAGACACGAAGCCAUGCAGAUGGUCUCCAACAGAGGGUCUCUAAUCUGGAGGAAAAUCUGAGGGAGAAGCUGGCUGCAGCGCUCGUCAACCAGGCCACACUGGAGGCCUUCCAGCAACAGCAGUCCCAAAGGUCCAGAGGAAACCAGGACCAGCAGAGCCGUGCUGAGCCCAAAGUGCGGUCGGAUAUCUUUGAUUUUGGUGACUUUGGUAUUCCCCAGAUGGAUUUCAGUGGAGUUGGUCAAAGGAGACAAGCUCCCAAAGGGAAGGUGGUUCACCUGACCCAAAGGCUUCGGGAGCUGGAGGUGGGACUCAGCGGGAUUCAGAAAGAUCAGGAGCUCCAGAAGCAGCUGCUCUCCAGCUCCGAGGAGGAGGUGCUGGAGUAUGAGAGGAGGCUGGCCGUGCUCAUGGAUCUGCUCGGUCAGAUGAAGGCUGGCCCUCCCCACAGGACUCCACCGGCUGUAGGGGCGUCUCCCGUUGAUGAGCAGCCGGCCGCUACCUCAGAGCUUCUUCAGGAGUUGCAGGAGGUCAAAGAUGAGGUUUCUGCCACCAAAGAGCAGCUUGACUUCUACAAACAGAGCUGCACCAAACUACAGGAGGAGCUCCAAGAGAAAACCGCCACAACGGAGCGACUAAAGGGACAACUUCAAAAGGUAUCAUCUGGUGGCUCUGAGGAGACCAAAGUUUCUGAGCUUCAACAGGAGUUGAAGGAGGCUCAAAAUGAGGCCGCUUGCACCAAAGAGGAGCUGAACAGCUGCAAGGAGAGCCUGGAGAAGCUACAGGAACUCCUGCAGGAGCGGGAAAUUACCAUCACUCGCCUUAAAGAAGAACAUGUUAAAGUACAAACCGAUGAAAGCAGAACUAACAUGACCGAGCUUCUCCAGGAGGCGGCUUCCACCAAAGAGGAGCUCAACACCUACAAGCAGCAAAACGAGAAACUUCGGGAAGAACUCCAAUUCCGUGAAGUCUCCAUUUCUAAACUCAAAGAGGAGCUCCAGGAAAUGAGGGAGAAUGUAGAUGCCACCAAACAAGAGCUCCACCUCUACAAGCAGCACAAUGAGAAACUCCAGACUGAACUACACGACCGUGAGCUCUCCAUCACCAAGCUCAGGGAGGAGCUCCAGGAGGUACGAGCAGCCUCGGCGAAGGCGGCGGAUUCUUGUCCUCCGUCUUCCUCUCCCUCUCCUCAGCCUGUCUCCUCUCCCUCCUCCUCCUACACCACCCAGUCUAAAAGGAAAGGAGGGAAACAGCCGGCCGGCAAAGGGAUCAGCGCCAAAGAUAAACCGUCUGUCUCCAAGAAGAACUCUGCCCCUUCCAGGCCGUCCUCGAGCAGAUCCCACAGCUCUCGACUAAACAGCAGCUCUGAGCAGCCACAUGUGACACACACGUUCACGCAGACGGACCAGCUCCAAAUGUCCGACCCGGAGAGCGAGUGCGCAAACAAAGACGAGCUCGAGGAGGUGAUCGGAGAGUUCGAGGAGAAGAUUGUACAAAUGCAGGAGCUUCACGCGGCGGAAAUCCUGGACAUGGAGGCGCGGCAUAUCUCAGAGAGCGAGAGCCUCCGAAGGGAUACACUGGCUCUGGAAGACGAGUGUAAGGCCCUCAAAGCGGUCAUCGACAAGCUGCGCUCCACACAGGCUCCUUCAUCAAGACAAGACCGUCCUACAUCACUGUUCAAAGAUGGCUACACAAGUGACAGCAGCUCAGACUACAGCCAGCGGACCGGCUUUGACUUCCCGAGCUUGCAGCAGGAGUUUAGGUCGACCCCAGAGGGCGCAAGGAGAGAGACAGAUGAUCCACUGCCUGACCGGAUCAAGACCUUGCUGCGCGAGGUGCACCAGGAGGGCAUGCAGGUGCUCUCUCUGUCCGAGCUCCCUCUCACUGAGGGCGAGUCGGGCAGCCAGUUUGACGUCCCGGGCUGGCUGAAGGAAAGAGACGCCCUACUGGCCACUGUGGAGUCUCUCAAAGGCCUCAUCACCCAAAUGCAGACACACAGAGAAACGCAGACGUCUGCCGGCGUGGACUGGCGUGCGGAGGUGCUGGAUGCAGUGCGGCAGGUGUUCACGAGGGAGCGGAGCGUGCUGAAGAGCGCCAUCUACAGCCAGUUGGACCUGCUGGACACCAGCGACGCCAUCGUCCACCUCAAUCAGCUGGAGCACAGGCUGGCUGAACAGGACACCCAGCACAGGGAGGCGAUCGGGUCGCUCCACACUGCGGACCGGUCCAGUCUCAUCUCGGAGAUUCAUCAGCUGCGAAGUCAACUGGAGCAACUUCAUCAAGGUGCUCUCCCUGUUGCAUCAUCGAGUCGUGAACGUAGCGUGAAGGAGCAGGGAGGAGGAGCUGAUGGAGCAGCGGAGGCCGACAUGCUGCUGGUGGAGGAGCUGAAGAGUGAACUGUCCCAGACUCAACUGGAGCUGGAGACGACGCUCCAGGCUCAGCACAAACACCUCAAAGACUUUGACACACUCAGGGCAGAAGCAUCGCAGAAGGCUGCUGAGGUGGACGCACUGAACAACCAGCUGACUGAAGAGAGGAAGAAGAACAGAGAUCUUCAGUGGGCAAUGGAGAUGGAGAAGUGUCGAACUGGGAAUGAUGAAGAGAGUAAACGAGAAGAACUGGAGGACCUGAACUUCAGCCUGGAGGAGCAGAAGAGCCACGUUGCCCAGCUGACCCUGACCCUGGAACAGGAGCGCCAGGUCUCCUCUCAGCUCUCCCGGCAGGCCGAGCAGGAGCGCCUCGGCCUCCACAGUCGCCUCAGGGAGUUCCAGGUCCAGCUGGAGACGGAGCGGGCCAAGGCCCUGGAGAUGAGCAGCGCGCUAGGGAGGGAGCGGGAGCUGCGGACGGGCGCGGCCUCAGACGGCGGCCCCUCCAGUGAGCAGCGGCUUGAUGAGGACAGGAGGGAGCUAGACAAGGAAGGGAGUCUGCUGGAAAGACUGCAGAGGCAGCUGGAUGACAAACAUGCACAGGUGGUGCACCUCCUCGGUCAAGUGGAGGCUCAGAAGCUCCAGGUGGUCAGGAAAGAGGAGGAGCUGACUCUGGGGAGUCAGAGGUCAACAGAGGACCAGGAGGCGCUGCUGGAGGCUCGGGCCCAGCUGGAGAGGCUGGUGGCACAAAUGUCCGAGGUCCAGGAGCAGCUGGAGAGAGAGUCAGAGAGGAGGAAGCGUCUGGAAGCAGAGAAGGAGAAACUGGAGGAGAGGUUGAACCAGUUGGUGGAGCAGAAAGAAGGAGGGGAGGUGAGCGAACAUCUGCAGGCUGAUGGCCACAGUCAGGCCGUCAAGCACAGCGAGCCCGCCAGCCGCACCAAAGACUGGGUGUUCCAGCAGAAGAGUGGAAAUGUCCAGUCAGUGAGCUCCACCACGUCACCCCAGGCGGAGGCCUCUCCAAUAGGUCGCACCAGCGGUCCUCAUCUCGGCCCUCAGCUCGGCCCUUGGCGCACGGUCGACAAUAUCCUGGAUAAACUCCACCUCGUUUCCGCCAAGAUCCACGGCAUGGCCAGCAAGAACACGGGGAGUGAAGAGUGGUCUUGGUUGCAGUCCAACGUUAAUGAGGUCAUCACCAUGCUGCAGCAAUCCCCAGGUCUACCCUCUAUCCCCGAGCAGAGUGUUUCCCUGCUGCCGGGAGGCUCCUCCGCCAGCUCCUCCAACACCCUGACGGAGCGGCUGCUGACGCAGAAUGCCGAGCUGACCGGUUUCGUCAGCCGCCUCACCGAAGAGAAGAACGAUCUGAGGAACCACACGCUGCGCUUGGAGGAAGAGCUCCGACGCUACCGGCACGCUGGACAAGGGUCAGGCGAAAGUUUCAGCAGCAGGAGAGGAGUGUCGAAGGCAGACUCGCCGGGUAUGGUACUUUCCCAGGAGCGGGAGGCUUGGACGAGAGAGAAGGUCCGUCUGGAGAAAGCUUUACUUCUGGCCCAGGCACAGGUGGCCCGGCUCCGAGGGGAGAUCAGGGCCGACAACCUGCGGGAGAUAACGGGACCCGAGGCUGACAACGCUGCACUGAAGAGGAUGUACGGGAAGUACCUUAGGUCGGAAAGCUUCCGCAAAGCUCUGAUCUACCAGAAGAAGUAUUUGCUGUUGCUGCUGGGCGGCUUCCAGGAGUGCGAGGAAGCCACGCUGUCGCUCCUCACCAGGAUGGCAGGUCGCCCGGCGCUCGCCGUCGGAGGGGAGUCCCCCAUCCAGCGCCGCCGGGGGCUGACGCGCUUCCGCUCUGCCGUCCGGGUCUCCAUCGCCCUCUCCAGAAUGCGUUUCCUGGUGAAGCGGUGGCAUAAAGCAACGGGGAUGAGCUCCACAACCUCCUGUGGCGUUAACAAGAACGGAGCAGGAGAGAUUUUAGAGGUGAGAGACUCGCCGUAUCUUCACCCGGGCAGCGUGGACAUGUACAGAGAACGAGGAAGUGGAGGAGGAGUCUCAACCGGCAGGGGGAGAAGUGGACGUGAAUCGCCCAGAUCAGCUGUCUCCUCCGCACAACACAGGUUUCACAUGGCCGGAGACCACGGAGCGCUCACCUGUUCCCACCUGCAGAGCUACGACCCCGACCGGGCGCUCACCGACUACAUCUCCAGGCUGGAGGCGCUGCAGAGGAGGCUCGGGGGGGUGACGUCAGGUGCCUCUUCGUAUGCUCAAUUGCACUUUGGCUUGAGGAGAUAAGACACUGUCACGUUACUUUGGCUUGAAGAAACUCUGUUGCCUUUUCUCGUGCUGAGCGCUCUGCUGUUUUCUAUCAUUCUAGUGUGGACUGUAUCUUUCCAUGUGGACCAAAACACAUUUUUAUAUCAGUGCAUACUUGUAUUCAGGCUUUUUGUCGCCAGCACUUGAAAAACAGCAAUGUAUGUAAAUGAAUCUGCCUCAUUGUUGUGGAUGAACUGCAAUCAUGUAUGUUGUCUAAUGCUAAUUUAAGACCUUGUGAUUAAUUUAUGUUUGUGUUGUAUGGGUGGAGCGUUAUGUAAAGAAUGUUUGGGUUUGUUGUUAAGGAGGCUGCUGCUGGAUAUUCUACACUACACUGUGUUUUGUUUAGGCCUGACGGACUACAGAGAACAUUUGUAGAGAACGUAUUUUUAUAAAGCGUAGGAGCUUUGAACUUUUGGGGUAUUUUGUCAAAAACUGAAAUAAAGAGGACUACAUUAUGAAAGAGUUGUGUAGUUUAAAUUUAUUUUUUUCAUGUUCACUGACCUAAAAGAUGACUGAUGACUGUACUAAAACCUAGUUACCCAUUCAAUUUAGCACCACGUGUUGCAGAUGAU